AUGUCGUCCUCCGCUAAGAUGUUCCGCCGCAAGAAGAACGUCAAGAAGGGCAUUCAGUUCUGCCUGAUGGUCUGUGGCGCCUCAGGGACCGGAAGGACCACAUUCGUCAACACGCUCUGCGGCAAGGACGUACUGCAGCAUAAGGAGUCUGACGAUGCAAGCAACGCUCACACUGAGGAUGGUGUCAAGAUCAAGCCCAUCACCGUUGAGCUGGAGCUGGACGAGGAAGGCACUCGCAUCUCGUUGACCAUUGUCGAUACCCCCGGCUUCGGAGACCAAAUCGACAAUGAGGCCAGCUUUUCAGAGAUUGUCGGAUACCUCGAGAGGCAAUACGAUGACAUCCUUGCCGAGGAGUCUCGUAUCAAGCGUAACCCUCGCUUCAGGGACAACCGUGUGCACGCUACGCUGUACUUCAUCACUCCCACCGGCCAUGGUCUCCGUGAGCUCGACAUUGAGCUCAUGAAGCGUCUUGCACCCCGCGUCAACGUCAUCCCCGUCAUUGGCCGCGCCGAUACCCUUACGCCCGCCGAGCUCGCCGAAUCGAAGAAGCUUGUCAUGGAGGACAUUGAGCACUACCGCAUUCCUGUCUACAACUUCCCCUACGACAUUGAGGAGGACGACGAGGACACAGUGGAAGAGAAUGCCGAGCUCAGGGGCUUGAUGCCCUUCGCCAUUGUGGGUUCAGAGGAUGUUGUAGAGAUUGGCGGUCGCAAGGUUCGCGCUCGCCAGUACCCCUGGGGUGUUGUCGAGGUGGACAACCCCCGCCACUCUGACUUCCUGGCUAUUCGCUCGGCGCUUCUCCACAGCCACUUGGCCGACCUCAAGGAGAUUACCCACGACUUCUUGUACGAGAACUACCGUACCGAGGCUUUGUCCAAGAGUGUCGAUGGUUCCACCGGAGGGUCGAUGAACCCCGAGGACCUUGCCUCCCAAUCCGUCCGUCUCAAGGAGGAGCAGCUGCGCAGGGAAGAGGAGAAGCUGCGUGAGAUCGAGCUCAAAGUCCAACGCGAGAUUAACGAGAAGCGGCAGGAGCUGCUGGCCCGUGAGUCCCAGCUUCGUGAGAUCGAGGCUCGCAUGCAGCGCGAGUCUGCCGCCCAGGCCACACCCGAACCCGUGGGGGCGAACGGUGAUGCCGAGCAUCAGUGA